CACCACAAAGUAUUUAUUAGAAUUAUUCGUUAAUAGAAUGGUUGUGAGAUUUUUACUCUCUUCAUGGUGGUGGGUAAAAAAAGAUGAAGAACCGCUUUAAAACACGGAAGAUCUCAUAAAUAUACAUGGAGUAGAACUACAACAAGCUGAAGAAGAAACCCAAGCGGAAGUUGCAGUUAAGGACUACGGAAGCGAGGAAAGUUCCUAUAAAGACAAGGGUAGUUCUAAUAAAAACGAUGACGGAACAGAAGUAUUGAGCACUUCAGAUCCUGAACUCGUAAAAUCAUGUAUUCGUCAAUUGUAUUUCGUACUUGUCGUAUUUCACAGUUCAGAAGUUGUUUGAACAAAAUAAAUACUCAACAUCCUUUAGCCACAUCAGUCUUUCACAAACACUCAUCCACUGAGUCCAAGAUUAACAGUAUCAAUGUUCAGACUAAAGAUGAAGAGUGGAAAAACAUCUAUGUUGGAACGUUAGGUCCACGAAUCCGUAACUUGAAAAUUGUAUCAUUUAUGACUAGUGCUGUGGGUUUGUGUAUUCAACCAAUGGUAAUACAAAAGGCUGCAGAAGUGGGCAGUAGCUUAGCUGCCACAAUUGGUGUAUGUACUAUUGCAGGAUUUUUCACAUUUAUUACACCAGUACUUAUUCAUAUGGUAACAAGAAAAUAUGUGACAUCUAUUGAAUAUAACGAAAAAAAUGAUGAGUACAAUGCCACUAUUAUUUCAUUCUUCUUAAAACCUAAGAAGGUGCAAUUUAAACCAUUUGAAGUAAGAUUACCUUUGACACAGAAGUUAACAAUCACAUUUUAUGCAAAAAAUUGCCCUCUAUUCGUGGAUCCACAAGCAUUUGAUGACGUAAUGCAUUAUCAACGUAUAUUAGGUUAUGAUAAGCCUUUUACAUUUGAAAAAGAAGAUGAUGUUAUUAAAAAACCUAUAGUUAAAGCUGCUAAUAAGAGUUAAAUUUAAAUUAUACUUUAUAGUUGUUUCUUAUUAUUUUAUUGAAUCUGUUUUGUAAAUACAUGCAAUUUCAAUUUCUUACAAUGU